AGCCAGCACUGGAUUAAAUCAAGCUGGAAGUAGCAAAGCAGCUUUCAUUUGAAAAACCACUGGGUUCUGAGUUCAUUACUAUAGGAAAACUGUUCUCUCCUGGGGCAGAGAGAACCUUGCUUCAGAGCAGACUUACCAGCUCAGGAGUCCGGUCGGAUAAAACCUAUCCUGGAGGAUAAUGGCUACCUACGCUCUGCAAAUUGCUGGUCUGGUGCUUGGUGGUUUUGGGAUGGUGGGCACGGUGGCUGUCACCAUCAUGCCUCAGUGGAGAGUUUCUGCCUUCAUUGAAAGCAACAUUGUGGUUUUUGAAAACCUCUGGGAAGGACUGUGGAUGAAUUGCAUGAGGCAUGCUAACAUCAGGAUGCAGUGCAAAAUCUACGAUUCCCUGCUGGCUCUCUCUCCGGACCUACAGGCCUCCAGAGGGCUCAUGUGUGCUGCUUCUGUGCUGUCCUUCCUGGCUUUCAUGACGGCCAUCCUUGGCAUGAAGUGCACCCGGUGUACUGGGGACGACGACAAGAUGAAGGGUUAUAUCCUGCUAACGGCUGGAGUCAUCUUCAUCAUCACAGGCAUCGUGGUGCUCAUCCCUGUGAGCUGGGUUGCCAAUUCCAUCAUUAGAGAUUUCUAUAACCCAUUUGUGGAUGUUGCCCAAAAACGUGAGCUUGGAGAAGCCCUCUACAUAGGCUGGACCACGGCACUGGUGUUGAUGGCUGGAGGGGCCCUGCUCUGUUGUGUUUCUUGUUGCAAUGUAAAGAGCAGUAGCUACAGAUACUCCAUACCUUCCCAUCGCACAACCCAAAAAAGCUAUCACAUGGAAAAGAAGUCACCGAGCGUGUACUCCAAAAGUCAGUAUGUGUAGCUGUGUCUACUUUUUAGCUAUACCUUUUUACAUGAAGCCACGCAAAUGACAAAAUGUCCAUGAUUUUCUAAAAAUGGAACCCAAAGGAACAUUGAUUUGCCAUCCUUAAUGGCCUAACAUUAAUUACAGGAACUGUGCACAGCUACUUAUGAUUCUAUAAGCUAUUUCGGCACAAAGAGAUACACACUCUGCUUUGAUUGUUCUAGGAAAUACAGUAAUUUGUUUUCUAAAAUGUCUCAGGCAUCUUUUUCCUUUUAUCAGUUACUUCAAAACGACAUUGUUAAAGACUGUAUUAUUUUGCAACUCUGACUCUAUGACAGCAUUAUGUAUGUAGAUGAGCAUGAUGUUUAUAUCACAUAAAUAGAGACAGGCUUAUAUAAUUCUAUUUUAAAUGAAAUACUGAUCCAUGACACUGAAUAAAUAGAAUUCAGUAUUGUUUUUCAAGGGAAUCAGGGAGAAGAUUGAAGAAGGUUAUAUUAAUUCUUUAAAAACAGCUUAGUGAUUAGUGCACUCGAUUUAUAAUGAAGGUUAAAAUGAAGGCUUUUAUCAGCAAUGUAAAGAAACUAAAUGGCUUUCUGAUAUCCUCUUUUUCAGUGUAGGAGUUAGAAAUCCUAACUCCUUUAUCCUCUUUCCCCAGAGACCUUCCUUUUCUUGUAUAUUAAAUGAACAGCUAAAAGGCAGAUAUUUUGUCAAGGGGCUUUGCAUUCAAACUGCUUUUCCAGGGCCAUACUAAGAAGAAAGAUGAAAGUGUGGUCUAAGAAAUACUAAAGACUUCAGGGAAGUAAAACUUUUUUCCUCUUCAAGUUUUUUGUAGUUGGAGAAAGAUGCAUUUUGACAAGAAAUUAUAUAUGUAUGUGAAUAUUUAAAUAACUAUUUGAAUAUAGACUUUGGGCUUUCAUGGAUAUAAAUAACAGGACAGAAAAAAAUAUAUCUUGGUUUUUAUUUGCUUACCAAAAAAUAAAAACAAGUUGCCCUUCAUGAACUCCCUCAACUCCUAAGUUAUCUGUGGAUAACUAAGUCAAAAUUGUCAUUUCAAUCCUGUCAAAAAUAAUUUUUUUUACUUGUUCCAAUUUUGUUUAGUUUUACUAAGGUAGAGAAAUACUGUGUCUUUGUGUUUCCCCCAAAUUUGGUGCAACCCAUAAUCCAAUUUGAAAGUUUGUAUUCAUGUUUCUCUAGCUUAAAUGACUAUGUUUAUUAUCUAUUUUAUGUCCUUCAUAUUAAUAAACUGUGCCUUUUAUAUUAA